CACAAUCCAACGCGCCAAAAACACUUUUGUCCCUUUACAGCCCCCUUACAAAGCGUCACGAGUUAAACAACUGAUCAUGGGGAUAUCCGAGUUUGGUAGUUAGCCAUCAACAACUGCCCCUCGAUAGUUUGACCUCGUGGUCAUUCGCCACCGUCAUGUCAAACAUCACGAAGAAGGUGUCGUGGUCCAGCCGCGGGGACGAGCUCGGGGCUGCGGGGGAGGGAACCCCGCUGCUCAACGGCUCCGAGCAGCCCAGACACUCCAGACAGUUCUCUGAAGGAGGCAGUUUAUUUCAAAUAGGCAGACUCAGCACGGUGGAUUUGGAAGAGGAGAUAUCGGCAGAAGAGGAGGCCGCACGAGGGCAGCCCAGAGAGAUCCCUCACAAUGAGAAGCUCCUGUCGCUCAAAUAUGAGAGUUUGGACUACGAUAACAUUGAAAACCAGCUGUUUCUUGAGGAGGAAAGGCGGAUGAGUUUCACGGGUUUCCGUUGUCUCGAGAUCAGCCGGUGGUUGAUCUGUGGGCUGAUCGGCCUGCUGACGGGAUUAAUCGCUUGUGUUAUCGACAUCGUGGUGGAAAAGCUGGCGGGAUACAAAUAUGAAGCAAUUAAACAGAAUAUUGAAAGGUUUACAGAAGUGGGAGGACUGUCCAUCUCCCUCAUCCUCUGGGCUGUCCUGAACUUCUCCUUCGUCAUGGUGGGAUCCAUCCUUGUGGCCUUCUUUGAGCCUGUAGCAGCAGGAAGUGGAAUUCCUCAGAUCAAAUGUUACCUGAAUGGAGUCAAGGUUCCCAGAGUGGUGCGGCUCAAGACUCUGGUGGUGAAAGUGUGCGGUGUCAUCUGCUCAGUGGUUGGAGGUCUCGCGGUCGGGAAGGAAGGUCCCAUGAUUCACUCGGGCGCCGUCGUCGCUGCAGGAGUCUCCCAGGGUAGGAGCACCACCUUGAAGAAAGAUCUGAUGAUCUUUGAGUAUUUCCGAAGGGACACGGAAAAAAGGGACUUUGUCUCGGCUGGAGCUGCUGCUGGAGUCUCUGCUGCUUUUGGAGCUCCUGUAGGCGGUGUUUUGUUCUCUCUGGAGGAAGGAGCUUCCUUCUGGAACCAGAUGUUGACGUGGAGGAUUUUCUUUGCCUCCAUGAUCUCCACCUUCACUUUGAACUUUGUCCUGAGUAUUUAUCACAAUAAUACAGGCGACCUUUCCAAUCCAGGUCUGAUUAACUUUGGGCGCUUUGAGAGUGAGAAUCUAAAUUAUAACCUUUAUGAAAUUCCAUUGUUCAUCGCUAUGGGAGCAAUUGGUGGAGUUUUAGGAGCUCUGUUUAAUGUCUUGAACUACUGGCUCACCAUCUUCAGGAUCAGAUACGUUCACCGGCCGUGUUUGCAGGUGAUGGAGGCCAUGUUGGUCGCGGCGGUGACGGCGACCGUGUCGUUCACCAUGAUCUACUUCUCCAAUGACUGUCAGCCUCUGGAUUCGGAGCACGCCGAAGAAUACCCACUGCAGUUGUUCUGUGCGGAUGGGGAGUAUAACUCCAUGGCGACGACCUUUUUCAACACUCCUGAGAGAAGCGUGCGCAGCCUCUUCCACAACCAGCCCGGAACCUGGAACCCUCUGACGCUGGGUUUAUUCACCCUGACCUAUUUCUUUCUGGCGUGUUGGACUUACGGGCUGGCGGUGUCCGCGGGAGUUUUCAUCCCGUCUCUUCUGAUAGGCGCCGCCUGGGGGAGGCUGUGUGGAAUCUGGCUGGCCUCUAUCGCUUCUGCCGGCUCGAUCUGGGCUGAUCCUGGUAAAUACGCCCUAAUCGGAGCAGCGGCUCAGUUAGGUGGGAUCGUCAGAAUGACUCUCAGCUUGACUGUCAUAUUGGUGGAAGCCACAGGAAACGUAACUUACGGCCUUCCCAUCAUGCUCGUCCUUUUGACCGCUAAAAUCGUCGGAGAUUACUUUCAGGAGGGUUUGUACGACAUCCAUAUCAAGCUGCAGAGCGUUCCCUUCCUGCACUGGGAGGCUCCAGCCACCUCGCACUGGCUGACCGCCAGAGAGGUGAUGAGCUCUCCAGUCACGUGUCUGAACAGGAUAGAGAAGGUGGGAACCAUCGUGGAUGUGCUCAGCAACACCUCCACCAAUCACAACGGCUUCCCUGUUGUCAUGCAGGUUUCUGACAACGAUGAGCCGGCUAAACUCUGUGGCCUCAUCCUCCGCUCGCAGCUCAUCGUUCUACUCAAGCACAAGGUGUUUGUGGAGUUAGCCGGGUCCCGGCUGAGCCGCAGGAAGCUCCAGUUGAAGGAUUUCAGGGACGCGUACCCUCGCUUCCCUCCGAUCCAGAGCAUCCACGUGUCCCAGGAUGAGAGGGAGUGUUUGAUGGAUCUGACCGAGUUCAUGAACCCGACACCUUACACCGUCCCACAGGAAACCUCUCUGCCUCGAGUGUUUAAGCUGUUCCGAGCUCUGGGGCUCAGACAUCUGGUCGUGGUAGACGAUGCAAACCGGGUGAUUGGAUUGGUGACCAGAAAAGACUUGGCCAGAUAUCACCUGGGCAAAUACGGGCUGGAGGAGCUCCACCUGGCUCAGACAUAACACAAACUGUGACCGCCGAUGCCUCAGAGACUCUAACACCGCGCCUUCAGAGAUCUGCUGUUCCUCCAACAAACCCAUGAAGAUCCUCAUGGCUUGGACAGUUGGAGUUUGUUCCAAAAUGUUCUGAUCACUGGCUGUUUUUGUACUUCCUCGCCGUGCGAACUGCACCACUUUUUGUUUUGGUUUUAUUUAGUUUAAUGCGUCUUAAAUCAAGUGCUGACACUUGGAGCUUCUCGGACACUCUUUCUGGAUCCCUCCUCUGUAACGUAGCUGCACUUUGACAGUCGUAAACAACACCUAUGGAUCACAGUGAAACUUCUAAUGUUUCAGCUGCAUUUCAUAUAACCCAGAUUAAAACAGAAAACUGAUCAUUUUAAAUGUUAAAUAAUCUCCAGAAAGAGUACACAAGAGCUGUAACUGUCUACAUGACCAUAUUAUAAAUGCAAAGUCAUGUUAAGAUCCAUUGAACUGUUAAAAGUUGAAGUUGGACUCCACUUUCAAGCUUGUUUGUGAAGGUUUGCACUGAGUAAAUCUUAUUUAUUGCUCAUGUUUGUUUACUCAGAGGGGCAAAUACCUCCUCCUCGCGUCUCUGUAUCGUUUGUCUUUCUCUGUACGACUUCAGGCUAAAAUCGGAUUGGUACUUAAAUGUAGGAAACUGUUUUCCUUCAUUACUUUUGAAGGUUUUGCACUUUGUCCUCCUACUGAACAGGAGUCAGAAACUGUCUGAAAAGGUCCCCACAAAUGCCAACAUGAAGGUCUUUGACCAAAUGUGUGUUCUGUUUUUUGUUUUGCUGCUUUAAUCUAACAUUUGUGAUGUUGUCAGUGUUGUUUUUUUGGUCACUGUUUAGGAUUUUUGUCGUCUUUCUUAGUUAUAUUAUACUGAAUGGAAAAAUGGCUUCUCUGCCUGAUUUUUACUCACCAAAAACUUUUGUGAAGAAAUAAAGUAUUGGACGUUGUUAGAGUUAAA